AUGGUGCAAGGACCAGACAUUGUUGAACUUGACACUUCAAGCGAUGAAGAUUCACUGUCGGGUGAAGGGCUUCGUAGUCCUCGACAUGCGGAAGACAGGUGUCACGCUGUGAGAGAUAGAGAAAACGAUGCAUCGCAGACGAAGAUUGAUCGAGCAGUCGCUUCCGAGCUUUGCUUCCAGGAGGUGACAGAGGUUUUCCCCGACAUCUCGCUCGACUAUCUGAGGGAAAUCUACGAGAGCCACAUCAACUCAGACGAAUUCAACGCUACACAUGACACGGGGACCUCGCAAACGCUGAUAGAAAAAAUUCUAGACUCCAGCAAUUACCCCAAAGAACGACAUCGAAGAAAGGAAGCUAAUCAAUUGAAGCGGAAGAGAGAAUCUCAAGGCGGCGACGCUGAAGAGGCAAAAAGGUGGAAAAGUGAGGACCUGAUCAGCAAGACCUGGGACUAUACCAAAAUUUCUCAGAAGGCAUUGCAGGAAGACUUUCCCUUAGUUCCAGCCAAGUAUAUCGACUCACAAUUCAAAGAACAAGGCUAUUUCUACGGUGCCCAUGUGGCAAUCGCAAAGGCAGAACGAGAAUACGACGAUAUUGCACAGAAACCGUACGUAAAGCUGAAGUCUCGUCGAUACUGUGCGGGACUCUGCUCUGAAGAUUCGAUGGUACACAUGACAAGGGAAGGUCAUAAGUACGACAUGUUGAAAGAAGAAAUCGAAGCUAGCCGGCAGAGACGGAAGAGGGACAACAACAAGCGCGUAGAGCAAAACCGAGCAGCAGCAGAGAUUGUAGCCAAAGAACAAGCCGAGAGACGAAAUGGAGAUGUGAUGGAAUGUGCCUGCUGCUUUGAUGACGCAACUAUUUCGACAAUCACUCAUUGCAAUGGAGAGAUCCCGCAUUUCUUUUGCUUCGAUUGCGCUCGAAUGAAUGCAGACAAUGACAUCGGCGUGAACAAAUAUGGCCUGCAAUGUAUGGAUGGAAGUGUUUGCAAGUCUACCUUCAGCCGGGCAGAGCGGGCGAAAUUUCUCGACGUCAAGAUUGUAGAGAAACUUGAGGACCUCGAGCAACAGGCAGCUAUUCGAGCCGCCAUGGAAGACUUGCCCGAUUUUGUCACAUGUCCUUUCUGUCAUUAUGGGCAUAUCUGUCCUCCUAUAGAAGAGGACAAGGAGUUUCGGUGCGGUUUCGUAGACUGUAAAGAAGUCACAUGUCCUAAAAUCAUCAGAUCCCACGUCCCAUUAUCAUGCGAUGAGCAUAGGAAAGAGAAUGGCAUCAACGAACGUCAUCUCAUCGAAGAAGCCAGGACCGAAGCUCUUAUUCGAACAUGCCCUAAAUUGAUAUGCGAUUACUGUGGCCAAGAUAUAACUCAAAUGAAAUACAAUCAUUUCGAAGGCCAAGUGCCGUUUCCAGAUGGCGAGGUGGGAGGAAAAAAGUGCCCGCUAUAUGAUAAAACCAAGACUCGUAAGGACGAGCAAAUCGCAGAAGCGGGCAAGGCUGCCAUAGAGAAGAUUCAGAAAGAAAAUCCCGACUUGUCUGAAGAGGAUCUACGAAUAAAAUUCUCCAAGGAAGUUGAGACUCAAGACAACGUUGGUCAACCACAUCAUCACCAUCAUCACCACUAUCUUCAUGCCCGCGUCCAGCCUCCUCCCCCCGUUCCUCGUUAUGAAGUCCUGCCAGAAAGAGACAUGCAGCAGAGAAAUGUAGCGGACCCAGUGGGUGGAAAUCCUUUUUACAAUGCAGGCUUGAAUGAAGUUGACUAUUGGACCCAACACGUUAGGGCUUUUCAGCCGGCAAACCCUCCAAAUUUGCGGCCUCUGCAAUAUUUCCCCCAGGCCCGAUUCAACCCUAUGCCAGUCCACAAUGUAGGAGAAAGACCGUACGGGAACGACAUCCAGCCGCAAUUGGACAUACACAGGGCACGUGACAGAACUCUGAUCCCAGAUAUUCAUGGUCUUCAGGAGCAGCUUAAGCAGACGAAGGCUCGAUUCGAGGAACAUGCUCCUGCUCGCGAGGAGCUUCAACGGCAAUUCGACCGGACAGCAGCUCGACUCCGACAACACGGUGGACCAUUGCCGGCCAACCCCUUUCUCCAACAGCAAAUUGGUCGCAGAGUAGAUCGAUUCAGAGAAAACCUACCGAUUCAAGAGGGGCUCGAAGAACGUAUUGAUUGGGGACGCUUCCGCCCAGAAGAUGGGCAUUGGGACUACCAUGAACAAGCGCGAGCGCUACGAGAGCAACGAAUGCGGGCUCGAGAUGCGAUAAAUCUGCGAGACUAUAAUGACCAUGCUGGAGUUCCGGGCCCGCGACCACCAAUUAAUCGUGCUGGAGGCGUUGAUACUCCUAUUGAUCAAGUGCGUCUACAAGCAGGAGAGCGGCGAAACCGGUUAUUUCCAGCUCUGGGGAAUACCAGAUUCGGCGAUGGACAGCCUCCAAGUGUGCUCGGGGAACGUGAUGCGCAAGGGACCCACCCGUUGCAGAUGGCGGUAAGGAACACACCUCAAGAUGCUGCUGGCGAGCCUGCGCCUCCCAAUUACAACGACGAACUUGGGAGGCGGAGAAGACCAAGCGGUCACUAA